GAUGUCUCCAGAGCUCGGCUGACCAUCAACCCCUCGAGUCCUACCAAGGAUAAAUUCAGGAAUAAGCUAGAUGUACCAUCUUCACCACGUAGGCCUUUGACUCCGGGUAGUGGGGGAUUUUGGUCAGCGAGGAGUACCUCGGCGCCUAAUAUCUCGGGAAAGGAAAUCGGCAGUCCAGUCUUGAAUCAAGAGGCUACCUUCAGUAUGAGUCCUGUCAAAAAUAGAGCAGCUGGAAAACCUAUACCGGUGAAUCACAAGUCAAAACAACCGUCGAGCCCAACGGCAACUCUGGCCUCUGGAACAUACCCUGUCCUCCCGCAAGACUUGGCUUCAGACAUUCAACAAUUUGUCGAGUCUGACUAUGCAAGGCAAUACUUCUCAAUUCAUAGAACGGGCUUCAUUUUCAGACGUAAGGUUCCAGUAGCGCAGAUGAUGACAUGGCAAAAAGCACCACUUAGUUCGCCACUACUCACAUUGAACCGCUCUUUGAAGCAAGACGCGGUGAAGAUCUUCCGAGUCAUACAGCACAUUAUGGGCGAUCGCGAACGAGACAGAUCCAUCGGGGUACGGGUGCAACACUCUGAUUCUCACAUCUCAUCUAUUGCAAAUGGGUCGACGAGUUCUUUAAUAGGCGGGACGGUUGGUUUACUAGAGGAAGAGCGUUGGCUUCUGAGCGAAGGAUUGACUCACGGAGAAUUGCGAGACGAAAUAUAUUGCCAGCUGAUGAAGCAGCUGAAUAAGAAUCCUAACCCUGAAAGUGUGUUCAAGGGCUGGCAGAUGCUCUGCGUACUCUUGGUGGCCUUCCCUCCUUCCAAAAAUUUCGAAACAUAUCUGCGUUCUUUCAUGCAACAGCGAUUGACUAUGCAAGAGGGAAGAGUAGAUGUCAUGGCCAAACAUUGUUUGCGUAGAUUAGCAGCAAUCUCAAAGAAAGGGCCGAGAGGCAAACCACCUACUAUUGCUGAGAUAGAGACAGCAUCCGACGCUGCUUUCAAUCCUUCAACUUUCGGAGAGUCCCUCGACGCGACUGUUAGGUUACAAGAGAGGAACUACCCUCACGAGAAAGUUCCUAUCAUUCUACCUUUCCUUGCAGAUGGUAUUCUCGCUCUCGGUGGUACCAAAGCCGAAGGCAUUUUUCGUGUGCCAGGAGACGGUGAUUCCGUUUCGGAGCUUAAACUGCGAAUCGACCGCGGUUACUACACCUUGGAUGGCGUUGACGACCCACACGUUCUUGCCUCGUUGUUGAAGCUCUGGUUGAGGGAGCUAUGUGAUCCGCUCGUGCCAGAGGAGAUGUAUAAUGACUGUAUUACCAAAUCAAAGGAGCCAGAGGCGUGCAUUGAGCUAGUUCGCCGACUUCCCACCAUCAAUAGACGGGUCGUGCUGUUCAUCAUUAGCUUCCUGCAGCACUUCCUGGAAGAUAAAGUUCAAGUAAUCACGAAGAUGACUUCCGCCAAUCUAGCACUGGUCAUGGCUCCCAAUUUGCUGCGCUGUAAUUCGGAGUCGAUGGCAAUCGUGUUCACGAACGCACAGUAUGAACAGAUAUUCGUGCAUAAUCUUCUUUUGCAUCUCAAAUGCAAUGAACUGGAUCCGGAGCAAGUCCACCGACAUCUCCCCAUGCACGAACUUCCAAGUCUCGCACUCGUCGUCAAACCUGAUAAUCGGUGCUAUUUCUCGUGCUCCACCGUUGUUCAAAAGUCUCGUCUUGGAUAUCACUGACUUCUCACUGCUAUUCGUCCAUCUCUUUUCUUGUACUGUUAUGUAUAUGCCUGGAUCUUUUACAUGAACCUCAAUCUGCUUAUAUUCCCCAUUUCAUAGUGCAUUAUAUGGUCACCUUUUCACCUACUUUACGCAUAAACAUUAGACGUACGUUUGCUACAAGCCUGGAAUAAUUACAAAAACAUAUGCUUAUUGUUCUAUCUGAAAUCAAGCUUAUCCUCUGUCUGUUUCAAGUUCAGCCAACCGUCCAUUCCCUGUUUACUAACAUUGCUCGAUGUUGUCGAUAGUUGUUUGACUUGGUCAGAGUCCCACUGGUCAAAUUCCCAACCGUCAGCUUUGUCUGGGUUCAAAGCAGCAUUCUUCCAGGCUUCGUCGUCAUUGACCCAUUUCUUUCUCCUUAAGCUCUGUUUCGUCGCCCUCUUCUUUGAUUCCCUGCGAACUAGCUGUUCGAUCUUGCUGAGCAUUGACCACAUGCCUCCACUACCCAGGCUGCUCUCCUCUUCCCACAAAUUACGCUCUCCCACUUCUCGUCGCAAUGCUUCAACCAGUUUCCGUGUGCGGUUGUCAGGCUCAAUACCGUUGACACGCAUUUCUUCCAAAGCAUCGUGGACGCCUUUCAAAUCACGGAAACACGUCCACCGUGUCUCGAUAAGCUCGUUGUAGGCUGGGGUAGUGCACCCAAAGACAUAAGAGGGGAUAGACAGAUGACGGGCGUACUCAAAUAUAGAUAGAGCAAGAUGGGGGUCAUGGUAUUUGUCGCGGAAAGACCGUAUGAGAAGAGCGACAAGAUGAGGAUAUGUCGACGAUUGUAGCAUUGGUGGUGAUUCCUGUUCUCCAGAUGAGAUAGCCUUUCGAGCGGCUUCCUCAUACCUCUUAGACUCUCCAAACACUUCCGCCAAAGCCCACUCAAGAAGCUGAUGGUCUGUGUCACACAGAUCCAUUUCUUCCUUUUUGCGGUCCAACUCCUCAUCCGACUCCGAAGUCCAUUUCAGCCGCUUCGAGUGUCGUCGAAGUUUCCCCAGCAAAUCACCCAUUUGGCCACUUUGUGGACUUCUUCCAAUGCCAAAAGUCGACAGUGGAUCCGGUGCCUUGCUUCCGUCGCCCGAGUGAGCUUUUUGCUCGGAAACGGCGUUGAAAAUGGUGUUGAACAUGUCGUCAAAGGCGCUGAUUUCUCGAGCUGUCAUGGCUUGGCGCCUUGUCCGACCUGAUGCAGGUGACUCUGAGGCGUUUGCACGUAGAGGAUUUCUUACAGUGGAUGGGAGAAGGGGAGGCAUUUCCUUGAUGUCACUGAAGACAUGGUCCCAUGCAGAUUCCGAUUUUGAGAAAAUUGAGUCUGGACGCUGCGAAGAACUGGGGAUUCCGGAAGGUGCAUUGGUAGAGCUUGCACGCUGAAAGGACCUUUCAAGGAAAGAAGUAUAUGGUAGGAGACGACGACAGGCAAGCAUGGAAGGAGGUCGAUAC